AUGAUCGCCGCCGCUCACACCGUCACCGUGCGACCCGCCGCCGCGCUCUCCGCCCGCCGAGGGCUCGCCGGCUCCAGCCUUCGCACCGCCGCGAAGCCUCCCGCGCGCGCCGCGCUCAGGGUCCGGUCCACCGCCACCCGCGCGGAGGGCAUCGUCGACGACGUCAUGGCCGACAUCAAGAAGAAGAUCGCCGACAACAAGGAGAAGCUCGAGCGCGCCAAGAUCGUCGCGUCCCCGCCCGGCGUGCCCCCGCCGCCCGUCGUGCCCAUCCUCGAGCCCGGCAAGAUUGGCUUCGUGGAGAACGCGGAGAGGCAAAACUCGAGGUGGAGCAUGGUCGGGUGGUGGUCGCUGCUGCUCGUCGAGCUCGUCGCGGGGAAGGGGCUCCUGGAGAUCAUGGGAUUCACCGUCGGUAAGGGCAUCAACUUCACCUUCUGA